CUCACACGAUGGCUCUGCCGGCAGAGCCACGGGCGGAUCUCCCCCCUCCCCGUCGUUGCCUUCCGCCGCCGCCUCUCCUACGCUCCCACCGUCCCACCCCAACCGGCGAAAGAAAAAUCGGUCGCGAGCUCGCAAUCCAGCUCCUCCCCCGCCACCCUACGCACGACGCCGGCUCCUCCCGCGCGCUCGCGGCCUCGCCCCGCUCCGACAUCCCUGCGGCGCCUCCCGCCUGUGGUCUCCCCGCCGACGUCCCCUACCUUCCCCUCUACUUCAUUUGGCAAGUCCUCGCAGCCUCCCCGCCGGUGCAGAGCCGCCACCAUGGAGCAGCUCCGAAGCCGGCCGGAUUUUCCGGCCAAAUCCGGCCCUCUCCGCCAUUGGACCAUUGUUCGAGGGAAGAUCAAUUCAGCAAGAGGUGUCGGGGGCAGAGAACUCAGAGCAAAUCAAUUUUUCUGAAUAAACUAAAGCAGAAUUGCACUGUAUAUGGUCAUUCAAUAGCAACCAUUUGGCUGGACAGAUACCGGAUAUUUUUCAGCACUCAACUUUGACUUGUCUAAACAAUGUUAUCCUAGACUACCAUUAACUGAUAAUUUCAGAACUUGCUAUGAUAGUAUCUAAAACUGUCUCAACUAGAUUCUUAUAUUUCCAUGUCCAAAUAUGAGUGAUUGAUUGUAUGAGUUUUUACCAUUUAUUUAGUAGUUACAUCCUUACAAGUUUUGUUUGUUAGCUGACUAGAGGGUUUUUUUUUAACAUCAGUUUGCCAUGUUUGAGAUGAGAGAUAGUGAGGUACCACAUAUAUGCCUCCAUGCUCUGAUGGCCAAUUGGAGAGGUAAGUUUUCAAAGUUUUUCUUAUUUAUUUCCACAUUUAGGUGCCCAAGGGUUGGUGCAGAAGAUUGAAGCUACAAGCAUGCUACUACUGAGGAUCAUACCUCAGGUGUCAUAAAAUAUUGUGUUAGUCGCUUGAAUUUAUUGGUUGAAAAAUCGGAUGCUAGGCAACAGAAUUGCUCAAUAGUCAUUUUUUUAUUGACGAUUAUUUGUACUUCUAUUUAAUGUAUAGUGCAUUCCUCCA